AUGUCGUUGACACCAGAUCAAGUCAAGCUUAUCAAAGCUACUGUACCUGUGUUGAAGGAACACGGUACCACUAUCACCGGCCACUUUUACGACCUACUACUCAAAGAGAACCCAUCACUGAACGGUAUCUUCAAUCAAACGAACCAGAAGAAUGGACAUCAAGCUGGUGCAUUGGCCGGAAGCUUGUACGCAUACGCAUCACAUAUUGAUGAUUUAGGCGUGCUCUCUCCGGCUGUUGAGAAGAUUUGCCACAAGCAUGCGAGUAUGUAUGUGCAACCUGAGCAUUACGAUGUCGUUGGCACGUAUCUGUUGCGCGCUAUGGGUGAUGUGCUUGGUGAGGCGUUGACACCCGAAAUACUCGAGGCUUGGGGACAGGCUUACUGGCAGCUGGCGAACAUUGUAAGUAUUACUAGGUUCAUUCUUGACAUCCAACGUCUAACGAUUGAUACAGNNAUGAUCAAACAAGAAGACUCACUCUACAAAUCCGCCGGCCCUUGGACAUCCUGGCGCGACUUCCGCAUCACCAAAAAAGUCCCCGAAUCUGAAGAAAUCACAUCCUUCUACCUUUCUCCUGUCGAUGGAAAGCCAUUGCCUUCUUACCUUCNNCCUGGUCAAUACAUCAGUGUCGCUACAUCAGUACCGUCACUCCACCAUGAUCAAAAUCGCCAAUACUCGCUCUCUACCGCGCCAUCUUCUGACCACUAUCGCAUCAGUGUAAAGUGUGAAUCUGCUGUGCAGAAAGGAGAUAUCACUCAUCCAGCAUACAUCUCCAAUAUCCUACACAAAGACAAGCAAGAAGGAGAUAUCCUGCAGGUCUCGCAUCCAUAUGGAGAAUUCUACGCUGAUCCCAAGGAACAUAGCAAUGGAGCUCUAGUCUUGAUUUCCGCUGGUGUGGGUAUUACACCCAUGGUCUCCAUCCUCGAUACCUUCAUCCAAGAACACAAGAAUCGCAGAAUCAGUUUUAUACAUGCGACAAGGUCAUCUGCUGUGCAAGCCUUUGGACCUCACAUCCAGGACGCUACUUCCAAGUACUCUCACAUCACUUCUGUCAUUUUCAACAAACAUCCCUCGACAGAUGCAAAACAACACACAGAUUAUGACUUUGCUUGCCGCAUGGAUCUGGACAAAGUCAACAAAGAAAAAGAUCUUUGUAUCAGUGACAAGACAGCUACAUACUAUAUUUGUGGUCCUGGAGGCUUUAUGCGGGAUAUGGGAGACAAACUCAGGAGUUUUGGAGUCGAGGACAAGAGAAUCAAGUUGGAGAUUUUCGGAACGGGAAAUUUGUCGUGA